AGCUUUCUCUCUCGUGGGCAUUGGACAAACUUCUUGUGAACGUUUUCUUCUUCUAAAAUCAGGUUGAAAUUUACCAGUUUUUCCCGCCAAUUGCCAUACUAACUAACCGACUCAGAUGCAGUAUAUUUAGUGAAGCCGCACCAUUUUGGGUAGCUAAUUGUGGAAUGGGAAGAAAUGCAGAGGAUUAAACGCCACACAACCAAAAUCCCUUCUGCUGCUGCUAGCAGGAGCAGUAAAUCCGUCAACAACAACGAAAUCAGUUGCAGCGCCAAUAGUAAUGCUACUGUGAGGAAGCCAUUAUCGGACCUUAGUAAUUUCAAUCUCAUCCCUACUGAUACUCUUCGCAAGCUGGUUUCUUCUAAUUCGGUUUCCAAUUCCGAAACCCAUUCUCUCUUGCUCAAAUCCCAGACUUCUAUUUUCCCUAUUUCUCAAAAACCCCUAAUUUCGGGUUCCCACAAACACAACGACAAUCCCAAGUCCGACACUAGGUCUGGAACCAGCGUCGGCUCAUCCAACUUCGGCAAUGAUCCUAAGACUAAACCUCAAAACCCUACUCCUGUUCGUCAUCAGCUUCCCCCUCGUUCUUCCACAAAUCCUAGUGAUGAGGGCAGUGAACUUGUAAUCUAUAGUCGAAGGCGGGGAGAAAGGAAGCACGAUGUAUUACCCAAAACUUCGACCCCCUUUGAGAAAAAGAAGAAUGAGGAAAAAGCAGCGUCUGUUCCUUUAAGUUCUACCCCUGCUGAGAAGGCAAAGAAUAAAGGGAAGGCAAUUGCUAUGCCUUUUGAUUCCAUUGCUGCUGAGAAAUCAAAGGAUCAAGGGAAAUUGGUUACUGUGCCCGUUGAUUCUAUUCCUGCUGGGAAUUCAAGGGAUAAAGAGAAGGGAAUAUCUGCAUCUUUUAGACCUUCCAAUGUUGAGAAGACAAGGGAUAAGGGGAAGGAUUUUUAUGUGCCUUCUAAUUCCACUCCUGUAGAGAAGAUGAGGGACAAAGGGAAGGCAAUUGCUGUGCCUGUCAAUUGCACUCUUGAAGAAAUGGAGGACAGAAGAAGGUCUACCGCUGUGCUUAUUAACAGCGAACAGUUGACGAAACAAAGGGAGAAAAGACUAGCAGAUGCUAUGGUUCAGAGUUGUCCUCCCUUGUUAAAAUCUGGCAAAUUUGGGAAUGAAUUAAAUCAAGCGGGAGAUGAUAUGCUAUCAAAGUCGUGGACAGGUCUUCAAGGAAAGCACAAAAAGAGAAAGUGCCCAGGAAAGCAAUCUGCUUCUGAAGGUUCCUUAUCACCAGAAUUUGUUAAGAAGAUGAAGGCUUACUUUGAAGAGGUUGAUGCAUUUGAACUGCCAGUUGAGGAAGUUUCGGACCAUGAUCUGGAAUGAGGAGGGGGGAAAGUGAUAGCAGAUACAUAAGAGCUCUACCCUGGUCCGCUGAUGUUGUUUGUAUAGUCACACUUACAUAGAAUCGCACACGCUCUUGAAACUUUGGCCAGUUGCAUGCGAAUUACAUUAGUCUCAGGUGAUUUUUCUUAACCUUGGGUGUAUAUCGGUGUCAUAAUAGUAGAAAACUCAAAAGAGAUGCUCCCGCUGUAUAAUGAAUGUUUCAAUCAACGAGUCAGCUAGAUUCUGC